AUGAUUCAUAUUCCUCCUGACUGGGCCUUGGCCACAACCCAUAUUGCUAGUGAAUAUGUCUCUCGCCAGUUCCUAGCACUGAUCGGUGGACGGCCCAAUGCUAUUCCCCCACUCAAACUAGAUUUUGUCAUGCUCAUGGCAUGCUCAAAACUGGCUAGUACCCUCGCCGAUGCCUAUCGGAACCCUGUCACUAUCAAUUUAGAUGUAGUCAGGUAUGCAGAUGUUCUGCACAUGAUGGAAAAAGGCAUCAACCCUGCUCACGAAGACAGGCUUCUUGCCCGGAUGUUCAUGAUUUUGUGGAUAUCCCACAAGCAGGCUACUCCAGAACCGGCACUUCACUGA